AAAAAAAAUCCUAGAUCCCAAAUACACUCCUCCAGUGGCAACAACUUGAUCUGUAUUCCUCGACUCAUCUCACCUUCAUUCACCAGUUUCUAAGAAAACCUCACAGCCUCGCUUGUCACUCUUUUCAACCUACCCACCUUUGCAGCAAGCCUCGUCAUACGGUCAGUUUGCCACACCGGUCGAAUAUUAAAUUUCACGGCCCAACUCCCCAUAUUUCUCCUUCCCUUGUAACUCUGAAAAGAACCCGACGUCAAGGCCAGAAUGUUUGUCAAGCCCAUGAUACCUUAGUCGAUUGGGGAACAGUCAGCAUGGCAGUGCAUCAUACCACGGUGUCCGUCGCCAUCUCAAUAACAGCAUUUGCGGUUGUAACACUACUUUCCAUUCCGGCCCUCUACCAGAUCAUAACUCGAUUUAGAGCCAGAAAAGCUCAGUAUCAACACCUGUCGGGGAUUUACGAAGACAAGGAUGGUGUUGCUACAGAGGAAUCCCAGGAAGCCUUCUCCGACUUCAUCCCACGUUUAAUUCUAAUUCUACUUUCAAUUGUUGUUUGUCUGGAUGCUUUGGCAUCCGCUGUUAUAAUCACGACUCGACCCGAUCUUCCUCUGACGAUCGAGCAAUGGCUGCAAUUUGGAACUUGGCUGUUUAUCUUCUUUCAAGCCAUAGUCAUCUUUGUGACACCAUCAUCUAUACACCGGUACAACCUGGGAAUCUGGUCUGGCCUUUCAAGUGUGUUUGUCGCGAUCGCAGUGGCUGUUGAGAACAUUUCGCUAUGGAAAUCCCGGGCUCAUCCGUUGCCAAAGAAUGCCCAUCUUGUCCUUUCGAUCGUGCAGUUUGUGGCCGGUCUAUGUUUGGUCGUCGCCAGUCUCUCCAUACCCCGGCGGCCGGAUGUCUAUCAUAACGGACAAUACGUGGAUCGCCAGAAUACUGUGUCAGUGCUGGAGAAAUUUACAUUUUCGUGGCCAUCUCCGCUCCUAGCAUUCGCAGCCAAAAACAAAGGCCUAGAUUACGACGACCUGGCCGAGAUCGACCAUGACUUGCGCUCAAGAGAACUUAGGAGAAGGUUUGAUGCAAUUGGCUACAAGGACAAGCUGUGGAAGAGCGUUUUCUGGUCUCACAAACGGGCCUUUAUCCAGCAAUGGUGUCUCCAAGCAGUUUGUUCUAUUACUGAAUUCCUCCCGCAAAUCGCCCUUUACUUCAUUUUACGUACUCUCGAAGCACGCGAUCAAGGUGUUGAUGUCGGGUUGACUGCUUGGCUGUUGGUCAUUGGACUGGGUGCUGCAGUCACGUUCUCAUCCUGGCUUGAAGCUUGGAUGUUCUUCAUUGUCUUCAUGAGACUAGGAGUGCCAAUCUAUGAGCAGCUGUCUGCCGUCGUUUUUGGCAAAGCCAUUCGACGCAAAGAUGUGAAGGGCGCAGGGAAAAAGUCAGAGGAGCUGGAAGCCGAUACCGAAGAAUCGAAUGAAGGCCCAGUCAUCAACAAAGGGGCAGGCCAAAAGGGAGAAGAUCGGGCGUCUGAAGACGAUCAAGACGAGGAUUUCAAGAAGUCUCGUCAAAGCACCAUCAACCUCGUCGGUGUCGACUCCAAAAGAAUUGCGGACUUCGCAACGUUCAAUUACAUUUUCCUUGGCUCUGCGAUCAAAUUGAUCUUCGCCUUCACCUUUCUGUACAAUCUGAUCGGUCCAAUUCCUCUGCUUGCAGGCUUGGUUGCUCCUGCGAUCAUCAUGCCAAUCAAUAUCAUUGCUGCGAGGCGCUACUCCAAUGCGCAAGACGACCUGAUGAAACAUCGGGAUCAAAAGAUGGCUGUUGUAACGGAAGCCUUACAAGGAAUACGCCAGAUCAAGUUCAGCGCUUUGGAGCGAAAUUGGUACGAAAAGAUCCUAGAGACGAGAAGAAAGGAGUUGAAGACGCAAUGGCAAGUCUUCAUCUAUGACACUACGCUUAUUAGCAUCUGGAUUUUUGGCCCGGUCAUGCUGGCGGCUAUAUCGCUGGCAACGUAUGCUCUUAUACACAAGGAGCUGACUGCUUCGAUCGCCUUCACAACGAUUUCCGUUUUCGAGGCAAUUGAGAUGACACUGGCAGUCAUUCCAGAAAUGGUAACUGACCUUCUGGAUGCCCUUGUUUCUGCUGCCCGAGUUCAGGAAUACCUCGAUGCACCGGAUCGUGUCGAGUACAGCAAACCUGGAGACAGAGUCUCAUUUAACGCCGCAACCAUCGCAUGGCCCUCCGAUCAUCCGGAGGAGGAGGAUCAACAGUUCACUUUGAGCAAUCUCAAUAUUGAAUUCCCAAAGAAGGAGCUCAGCGUCGUUUCCGGUCGGACAGGGUCUGGAAAGAGUCUACUGCUCGCAUCCAUAAUUGGCGAAGCUGAGGUCCUCAGUGGUACCGUCACUGUCCCAAAGCCACCCUCGGCCGAACAGCGACACGAUGAAAGUGCCAAUAAAGCGAAUUGGAUCAUGGACUCUUCCAUCGCUUUCGUUGCGCAGAUCCCAUGGAUCGAAAACGCCACAAUUCGGGAUAACAUUCUCUUUGGACUACCCUUUGACAAUCAUCGGUAUCAAAAAGUGCUGUCUGCAUGCGCGUUGACAAAGGACCUGGAAAUGCUUCAGGAUGGGGAGCUCACAGAUAUCGGUGCAAAUGGUAUCAAUCUUAGUGGGGGUCAGAAGUGGCGAGUCUCCUUUGCUAGGGCUCUCUACUCACGAGCCGGGAUACUUGUCCUUGACGACAUAUUCUCCGCUGUCGAUGCACACGUCGGUCGUCACCUCUUCGAACAAGCCCUUGCAGGUGAACUUGGCCAAGGUCGGACGAGGAUCCUGGUAACACACCAUGUCGCCCUCUGCCUGCCCAAGACGAACUAUAGCGUUCUCCUGUCCAACGGUACUGUGGAACAAGCCGGUCGUACCGAGGAUCUCCGCAGAUCCGGCAAGCUCAAGAGCAUUCUUGCUGAGGACAUCGAAGAGCAAGAAAAGGACGAGGACGAUUUCGAUCGUGAGCAGGCACUGACCAUUGACGACGGAGGUGGCCUCCAGAAGAUGUUCAGCAAUCGCUCUCGUCGAAAAUCAGCGCUGAGUGAUGCCAACCUCGACAGUGAAGAUCUUUCUCGACGUCGUUCUCACGCAAUCGCAGAGGGCGCGAAGACACCAAAGAAGUUCACCGAGGAUGAAAAAAGAGCAACAGGGGCAAUCAAGUAUCAGAUCUACGCUGCCUAUGUCCGGGCCUGUGGUGGCUUUGGGUACUGGUUCUUCAUCCUCGUCGUCUUCACCCUCUGGGUCGCUGUGUACCUCGCUCGAUCAUACUGGAUCAGCGUCUGGACUCGCGCAUACAGGUCCGAAGCGGUUACCUCAUUCCACGCUUUCCACCAGGACAGCCACUUCAUGCAGCAGCCCAUCAACGCUUUCCGUUACAUAUCCUCUGAACUUUCCACGACCACAAUGGACCCGAACCUUACUUACUACCUCGGCGUCUACCUUGCCAUCUCGCUCGUGGCGUGGCUCGAGGGCACGGUUCGAUACUUUUUCGUGUUUGUGGCCUCCAUCCGCGCCUCGCACACCAUGUUCGAGAACCUCGCAUUCGCGGUUCUUCGCGCUCCGCUCCGCUGGCUCGACACGGUCCCUCUAGGACGCAUCCUCAACCGCUUCACGAGCGAUUUCAACAUGCUCGACAGUCGUAUCAGCAUGGACUUGGCAUUCAUGUUGCACAACAUGAUGCAUGUCCUAUCGGUCGUGAUUGCGGGGCUGUUUGUAUCGCCGCUCAUGAUCAUCUUCGCUCUCGCGUUACUGGCAAUCUGCAUGUUUUACGCUCUCCGGUACCUCGCAGGAGCCCGGGAGGUGAAGCGUCUCGAGUCGAACGCAAAGUCUCCCGUCUUUGAACAAUUCGGAAGCGUGCUCAUGGGAAUCGGUACGAUCCGCGCCUUCGACAAAUGUGAUGCGUACCUGGAUAAGAUGUACUCUCGUAUCGACCGGCACGCGCGGGCGUAUUGGCACCUCUGGCUCUUCAACCGGUGGAUGGGCUGGCGCUUGAACAUGGUCGGCGCGGGUUUCGCGUGCGUGACGGCCGCACUGAUCGUCAGCAUCACUUCGAUCGACUCCAGUCUGGCUGGUUUUGCGCUGAGUUUCGCGCUUGGCAUGUCCGAGGGCGUCAUCUGGUUCCUCAGACAGUACAGCAAUGUCGAGCUGGACAUGAACGCCACGGAGCGUAUCGUCGAGUACAGCAACAUCCGCAUCGAGAAUCAAGGGGGCGUCGAUGCGCCGGCCGCGUGGCCGACCGAAGGAAACCUCGAGGUUCAAGAUCUCGUCGUGGCCUAUGCGGACGACUUGCCACCGGUCUUGAAAGGCCUUAGUUUCAGCGUGCGCCGGAACCAGCGUGUCGGUGUCGUCGGAAGAACGGGAGCCGGCAAGUCGAGUCUGACGCUUGCGUUGUUCAGAUUUCUAGAGGCACGUGCCGGGCAGAUCGUGAUUGACGGCGUGGACAUUUCAAAGAUCAAGCUUUUUGACCUGAGAAGUCGGCUGGCCAUCAUCCCGCAGGACCCCGUGUUAUUUUCGGGUUCGGUCAGGACCAACCUCGACGCUUUCGACCAGCACACGGAUGAAGAAUUGAGGGAGGCUCUGGCAAGGGUUCACCUGGUGUCUUCGGCGUCGACCGGCCCGAGUGGAAGUGCCACGCCGAUCGCUGCUGCGGACGGAGACGCAAGUGGUGGCGGUGAUGGCGUACGGGACUCCAACACCAACAUCUUCAAGAGCCUGUCGAGCAAGAUCUCGGAGGGGGGCCUGAACCUGUCCCAGGGCCAGCGACAGCUGUUGUGCCUCGCGCGGGCGAUCGUGUCGAGGCCCAAGGUCAUGGUGCUCGACGAGGCCACCAGCGCCGUGGACAUGGAGACGGACGCCCUCAUCCAGAGGUCCAUCCGCGAGGAGUUUACCGACAGCACGCUGAUCGUGAUCGCCCACCGGCUGAGCACCAUCGCCGACUUUGACCGCAUCCUCGUGCUCGGGGAGGGCAAGGUGCUCGAGUACGACGAACCCAAGAACCUCAUGGCCAGGGAAGGAGGCGUGUUCAGGGACAUGGUCGAGACCUCGGGUGAGAGGGCCGAGCUGGAGAGGAUUAUCGAAAGUGGCCAUAAUUAUCAUCAGGAAGGGAGCUCGAGUCCAAAGCGAAAUCAGGACGGGGAGGCGAGUUCGAGCUGAUACAAAAGGAAAACAAGUGUGUGCCUGCACUAAUAGGGGUUUCCGGACCAAGGAGAGGGGAGAGAUGCUGGGGAAACACUCCGGUAUCUACCUAGGUAGCGAGCGAGCCAGUCAUGGGCUGUAAUUGCUCCCAACAAAACAUCAAAAGGCGUCUGGAUUGGUCGUAAUUUACUGGUAGUCUGUAGGAAUGGAAUUCAAAAAGGUGACAAGACUUGAGAGCCACAGCGGAAAAGAUGCUCAAAAGAUGGCAAGAUACUGAAAAGGCUACACAAUUUCUGUAAUGAAGUCAUGAUACAGAUUUC